GCAGGUGUUGCUUGCCAUUUGGUGGCGGGGGAGUCGGUAACCGUACUUAAAAAUGCUACGCGAUUGGCCCCGGCCAUCAUAAAAGCCGCUCCCUCCUCCCGAUUCCUUGGCAUACUUCCCAUCGCCAGAAUCCCCUCGGAAUCUCAUAUCCAAAUCCCCCGUCCUCCGCUCCCUCUCAAUCCCAGUCCAAGGUCCAAAAAUGGGUCUUCGAUCCAAAGAGGAGGAGGAGGAAGAAGGGUCGUCUCUUGCUUUGGGCCCUUACAGAUACAAUUCGCCGUUUGUCCAGGUCUGCCUGAUCGGGCUGGUGUGCUUCUGCUGCCCGGGAAUGUUCAACGCCCUCUCCGGCAUGGGCGGCGGCGGCCAGCUCGAGCACAAGGCCGCCAACAACGCCAACACCGCCCUCUACACCACCUUCGCCGUCUUCGGCGUCCUCGGCGGCGGCAUCUACAACCUCCUCGGCCCCCGCCUCACCCUCCUCGCCGGCUGCUCCACCUACGUCCUUUACGCCGGCUCCUUCCUCUCCUACAACCACUCCCACCGCCAGCCUUUCGUCGUAACCGCCGGCGCAAUCCUCGGAAUCGGCGCUGGCCUCCUCUGGGCCGGACAGGGUGCCAUCAUGACCUCCUACCCCCCGGCCCACCGCAAGGGCUCCUACAUCUCCCUCUUCUGGGCCAUCUUCAACCUCGGCGGCGUCAUCGGCGGCCUCAUCCCCUUCCUCCUCAAUUACCACCGCGAGGAGGCCGGCUCCGUCAACGACGGCACCUACAUCGCCUUCAUGUGCUUCAUGGCCGCGGGCGCCGCUCUCUCCCUCGCCAUCCUCCCCCCGGCGCGGGUCGUCCGCGACGACGGCACCCGCGCCACCGCCAUGACCUACUCCAACGUCCGCACCGAGGCCGUGGAGAUCCUCAAGCUCUUCGCCAACUGGAAGAUGCUCCUCAUCGUCCCCGCCGCCUGGGGCAGCAACUUCUUCUACACCUACCAAUUCAACAACGUGAAUGGACUCAUCUUCACUCUGAGGACCAAAGGGCUGAACAACGUGUUCUACUGGGGGGCGCAGAUGCUCGGCUCCUUCGGGAUCGGUUACUUCCUGGACUACAGCUUCAAGAGCAGGAGGAUGCGGGGGCUGGUGGGGAUCGGGGCCGUGGCGGUGCUCGGGACGGCGAUCUGGGCCGGAGGGCUAGUGAACCAGCUAAGGUAUACUGAUGGCAAGUGGAAGGGGCAUACCUUGGAUUUCAAGGACUCCGGUGGGCGGUUCGCCGGCCCAUUUGUCCUCUACUUCAGUUAUGGCUUGCUCGAUGCCAUGUUUCAGACCUUGUGCUACUGGAUGAUCGGGGCGCUGGCUGAUGACUCCGAGACCCUUAGCAGGUAUAGUGGAUUCUACAAGGGAGUGCAGAGUGCCGGCGCUGCCGUUGCCUGGCAAAUUGAUAACAGUAAAACGAAGCUGCUGUCGCAGUUGAUAGUAAACUGGUCUCUUACUACUGUAAGCUAUCCCUUGCUUGUGGUGUUGGUGUUGCUUGCUGUGAAGGACGAGGACACGGCCGAGGAUGGAGAGAGCAAGGUGCCAAAGCCAUCACCUCUUCCUCGGUCAGCGGAUGAUGAUCGUGUACAGGAGUACAGCGGGAUAAAUUAGGAAAGACUGGAUGAAAGCUGCUUCUCUUUGGGAAACGGACUGGGUCGCCAGUAUUGGUUAGAUAUAUACGGGCACCACCAUUGGAGCCAUUCCCAAUUUGCAUACCAGCCGUCUCCUAUUACAGCUCCAAGUAGUGCCGACCUAAACCGUACUUUGCUUCUGUUCUUGUGUUCGCCAUGGUGAUGAUGCUCUCGUCUCACUGGUACCUGAAAAUUGUGUCAAAUAUUUCAUGAAAAAGAAGAAGAAAGAAACCGCGGCAGGCAUCCAUCAUGCAACAACUCAUGGGUGUCAGUUGCAAGUCUUCUCUGAAUCUCACUUUUAGCUUCAAUCUUAUCUUGCACAAUCUGUGGGAAAAGGUGUUUUUAGUUCUCGAGUAGGAUUUUUUUUUUCUUCUUCUGAAUGGAAAAUGUUUGUCAACAAACGCACUAAUCGUCUCGAAUUUUAACAGUA